AGGAGUGAGCAGAAAGGCGGGUAUCCAGUCGCCUCGCUCCACACAGCUUCAAUAAGCCCCGAGGUUGGGAGCAUUGAUGGAAAAUUACCUUGUGACCUAGAGGGGAGGUCAGGACUGGUAUAAUCAGAGUCCGCUUGUUCCGAGAAGCAGCAGCAGAGGGAGGAUGGCCUGUGCGUUCGGCUGAUCGGAGGGGACCAAAGACGGGGGCAUGGAGAAACUAAAAGGUCCCGCCACGGGAUCCACCACAGCCACCUGUGGAUGGAGAGCCAUGCUUCUUCCACAGCUGAACCGGCAGUCCCUGUACGUGUACGGCAGCGAGAUGGCCGUGGAGCAGGAGUGCAUCCGGCAGCUGCAGAGCGGAGUCUUUGUCAUCCACCCGUUCAGCCUCAUGAGGAGUUACUACAUCAUGUGUAUGAUGGCCAUCACAUUUCUGAACCUAAUAGGGAUUCCCAUGGAGAUUGCGUUUCUGGACGGACACAGUGGGCUGGCAUGGGAAGGAUUUAACGUGUUUUCGGACACUCUGUUCCUGAUAGACGUGGCCCUAAAUUUCCGUAUGGGCAUCAUAGCAGAGGACGGAGAGGAAGCUAUUCUGGAUAUCAAGCGGAUCCGAGUCAGUUACCUGAGGACAUGGUUCAUACCGGACGUUAUAGCAGCUUUCCCAAUCGGCUACAUACUGCUGUUUGCGGACUUACAAUACCAGAACAACGACAACCCAUCUAAGACCAACAAGAUGAUGAGAAUACUGAUGUUCGUGCGGAUCCUCAGCUUGAUCCGGCUGGCUCGAGUGUCCAGACUGGUCCGGUUCUUCAACGAAGUGGAGAAAGUGUCUAAUGCAAACUUGGAGGUGGUCCGCCUCUUCUUCCGCAUCUUAUCUCUGUUCAUGAUGAUUUUCCUGCUCUGUCACUGGAACGGCUGCAUCCAGUAUUUUGUUCCCAUGCUGGAGGAGUUUCCCACCGACUGCUGGGUCCGGAAAGAAAACCUGAUGAAUGCCACAGUGAUCGUGAAGUACUCCUGGGGAGUUUUCCGAGCUCUCUCCCAGAUGAUCGCUCUCUCUUACGGCUCCAUGGACGCACCAACAAAUUACGUUGAAAUGUGGAUCGUCAUGGUCAGCAUGGUGUCCGGCUGUCUGAUGUACACCGUCCUCGUGGCCAACGCUACAACCAUGAUGCCAACAUCGACCCAGCAGCCAAGGAGUACAAGAGCAAGAUGAGCCGUUUGGAGCAUUACAUGGGCUUUAUGAAGCUCCCACCAGAGCUGCAGCUUCGUAUCACCAACUACUACCAGGCUCGCUACGGGGGCAAGUGGUUUCAGGAGAAGGACGUCAUGCACACGGUGUCCUCAGCGCUCAAAGAGCAAAUCCUGAUGGUGAUGUGCAGCCGGCUUCUAAGAAAAGUGCCAAUGUUUCAGACCAGAGACGAAAACUUUAUCAACGCCGUCCUCCUCAAACUGGACUACGAG